AUGGCUGCAGCAAAGUACUCCCGCCGUCCCAGCUACCUGGAAGGCCCAUUGUCUCCUUCGAUCAUUCCCGAUCUAGCUAUCCUGCCUCAACCCCUCCCUGCCAACACGGUCUCGUGUGGACAGUUGGUCUCCAAAUCAUCCAAGCAUACACCCAAAACACUAGAAGACCGUGACUACGACGAUGUAGGCACGCGAUGGUACGCGUACAAGGAUGUAAUCUUCUUCAACUCGGAGAACGGUCACUUCGUUGAGAGCUUUGGUGGCGCCCACCUAGUACAGAAGCCGCUUGACAAGGGCACCGAAGCUGGCACCAUCGAGGCGGAGGAGCAAAGUGUGCGAAUGCUGAAAGAUGCCGAAGCCGCUCUGAAGAAGGUCUGGCAGGACGAAGAAGCCAAGAAGUGGAUCAAGGAGCAAGACGAAGCCGGCUUUGUAGUCGCUCAUCGCCAGGUUGCCAACGCAAGCUACAGGCGCGCUAGGCUCGUUGAUGUUGGCAACAACAACUGGGAAGUUGUGCGUGAGAUAGGCGGCGAGGACGCCUCGGGCAAGCGGAGGGACUCUGGUCUACCCAUUGAUACCAACAGCAAGUGGGAUGUUGUGGGCGUUGUCGUCAGAAAGAUCAUCGUAGAUGGUGACGAUGUCAAGCUUGGUGAGGAAAUGGGUGCUCAGUACUGCAGCAGCUGA